AUGGUAUCCUUUGAUGUCGCUUCCUUCUUCACCUCCAUUCCACAGCAACUAGCGAUAGACGUUGUGGACCAACUACUGGCAGAGCGUUAUGAGGAUAGAGACAAACUCCUGAAGUCUGAACACCUGCUCGAUCUUCUGCGAUACUGCCUCAAGACCUAUUCCACCUUUGGUGGGCAGAUGUACGAACAAAUAAAGGGCACUCCUAUGGGCUCCUCAUAUCAGGCCUAA